AUGAAAUCUAUCCAGGGAAUACGAGUAUCGGAUAGGAAUUAUAAUCGCUUGAUUAAUCGUAAAUAAUCUUCUUCACGAAGAAGCGUUGUUACGGACAUGGAUUUUCGAAACGUCAAUCCCCUGAACGUUCGCACCAACUUGCUCUCGGGCAAUUUGCUUCCUUUAGCACCGGGCGACUCACGAUUUCCGAUCGCGUGGAAGUUAUUCGCCACCUUAAUGUGGCUGGUUCAAGUAAUACAGGUGACCGUGCUGAUCCCCGGUCUCAUCAUGGUGCCGCGAGAGAAGGCUCUGAUAGACGGCACGGUCACCGCUGUGCUCAGCAUCGAGGUGUUCUUCAAUAUCGGGCGGAUUUACGCGCGCAGAAAACUAGUGAGCCGACUGAUCCAGCAACUGAACGACAUCCUGCGCGAUGCGGACGAGACUAUGAAGAGCAUCGUGACGACGACGUUGCAGCCUAUGAAGACACCACUCAGGUUUUAUUGGGUGGCGGGUGGAUUGUCCGUUAUCCUGUGGUGCUGCAUACCAUUUCCGUUGAUUUUCAAGAAGGUCUCCUUCCGCUACGAGGAUUACAGGAUGCCGGCGGUAUUCUCCAAGCAGCCGUUCUCAAUCGAGAUCUUCCUGAUGGGCAGCAUCCUCGUGCUGAUCGGUAACACUUAUAUCUUUUUGAAAAAAGGCGGUAUGGAUAUUUAUAUGAUACACCUCUUGCUAUUGAUAACGGCGCAAUAUCGUUAUACCGCCUCGAUCCUCACUACGAUAUUUCGAAAUGCAAAUUUACGAGGUGAACUGGAACAAUCUCGCCCCGAAAUAGAUCAGCGGGUGGAUAAAGAGAUAAGAGCUUUGUGCCGACAUCAUACUGCUGUUCUACGCUUAUCGUCUUUAUUGAAGCAAUUGCUGUCUCUGAGCUUCAGUAUGAUUUAUGUGAACAGCGUCUUACGGUUUUGUUUUAUCGGUGUUAUGUUGAGCACACUGCCGUCAACGACCUUCCUGGAAGGUUUCCCGAUCUUCAUGUAUAUGUGCGGCUCGAUAGUCCAAUUCUACAUAUUGUGCUCUUGCGUGCAACAAUUGCAGGACGCGAGUAAAGAUAUGACAGACAAAGCGUUCCAUGAAAACUGGUACCGUUUUGGAACGUCCGUAAAACGUACAUUUAUGUUGAUGAUGUUGGGUACUAAUUUAGGAUGCAGAAUUUCGACGAACGAUAAGUUCAAUCUGUCAUUGACUUCAUUCAUGUCGAUUUUAAAUCAGUCCUACUCGAUUGCCCUUGUGCUCUUAUGA